AUGGGAAAGAAGACAGCAAAGUCGACAAAGAAAUUUAUAGCUAGUGGUCAACUGAAAAAGACUAUAACGGCCAGGCGCAAGCAGCAGCAAGUUCGGAAACGAAUCUCUGGACGGCGCGGUGCAAAAUCUGGGAACCCAAAAACAACCCCUGCGGACGAAGAUGCAGAUGGUGGAGUUGAGGAAUCGCCAAAGGUUGUUAAGCCUAGAUCAUCAAAGUCAAAGCCUACCACAGUGGAUGAUAUCCUGGCCGGGGGCUUUAUGGAGGACAGUGAAGGAGAAGGCGAAGAUGGAGAAGAGAUGUACGCUGAAUCCGCGGAGGAGUCCUCUGAUGCAGACGAGGACGCCGAGGACGACAUAGCCAACGAGGGUUCAUUCUCGGACGUGGACGAUUUGGACAGCGAAGGCGAAGUUCAUCUCCACGAAUUAUCUAAACUCGCGGAGAAGGAUCCAGAAUUCUACAAGUACCUUCAGGAAAAUGAUAAAGAACUACUCGAUUUUGAUCCUUCUGCACACCCUGAUGUGGACAUGGAUGGCGACGAUGAGGACGAAGUCGACGAAGAUAUGGACGGCCAGGAGGCUGAAGAACGUCUACCCAUCCUCACAAUGAAAACUUUGACUCAAUGGCAGAAAGUACUAUUACAGCAAAGGUCAUUACGUUCUCUCCGAAAACUCCUAGUAGCGUUUCGGUCCGCUGUACAUAUGAACGAAGAAGGCCAAGUCCUUGCGUGGAGUAUCGACAGCGCAAAAGUGUAUAACAAGCUGGUCACCACUUCCUUACGAUAUACCCCCGUCAUCCUCGAGCACCACGUCCCAUACAAAACCCUUCCGGAUGGUAGAUUUAAACCGCCAGUACAAACGAAAAAGUUCAAGACUCUGCAAAAACUAAUAUUGUCGUAUUUCCAAAACGUUAUCCACCUCCUGUCUCAAUCGACAGACGAGGAGCUCCUGGAGUUGGCCGUCAAAGAGAGCUCCAAAUUGAUCCCCUACAUCAUAACGAGCAGGAAGACAGUCAAGCUGUAUCUUAAAAAAUGCUUAGAGCUCUGGUCUAGCUCCCAGGAUAGUGUACGGAUCGCCGCAGUACUGGCCAUGCGAAAACUCUCGUCAUCCUCUGACCAAAGCAUAUUGGCCAACGUGCAAAAGGGUAUUUACCUUACAUUGGUGCGAUCAACAAAAUUGACCAGUGGACACACUCUGCCCGCCAUAACCCUCAUGAAAAACUCUGCGUCCGAGAUCUUCUGCCUGGACCACGGCUCGGCCUACCAGCAUGCGUUUGGUUACAUUAGGCAGCUGGCUAUACAUCUUCGCAAUAGCAUGAAAAUCAAAACUAAGGAGGCUUAUAAGCAAGUGUACAACUGGCAGUUUGUACAUUGUAUUGAUUUCUGGUCGAUCGUGCUGGCACGCGCGUGUGAUGUUCGCUCGAACGCCGAAGGAUCGGACAAUGAGCUCAAGGCCCUGAUCUACCCCCUUGUUCAGGUUAGCCUUGGGUCGAUCAAACUCAUAUCUAGCAGUCGUUGCUAUCCCUUCCACUUUCACAUUAUUCGGUCGCUCCUGCGUCUGACGCAACAUACCGAUACAUACGUCCCUCUUGCUCCAUACAUCGUCCCGAUCCUCACGGCUACCUUGACUGGACCCCGACCGAAAUCGUCGACGCUAAAACCACUGGAUUUUGAAGUCCAGAUUCGAGCGCCACAACAGUACCUAAAAACAAGGGUAUACACUGAAGGUCUCGUGGAAGAGGCCACAUUUCUCUUGGCGGACUGGCUGGCGACGCGGCUGAUCCAGGGAAGUGUGGCCUUUCCAGAAGUCGUCGUGCCCAUCGUGGUGUCCGUGCGGAAAAGCUUGAAGGCCGGUAAGAACGCUUCUGGAAAGGAUGUCGCUGCUGUGAAGGUACUAGUUGAACGCAUAGAAGAUGCUGCACGUUGGGUAGAUCAGAAACGGAAGUCUCUUCCCUUCGCACCAGGAAACGUCUCGAAGGUAGAGGAAUGGGAGAGCGGAGUCCGUGCCAAAAUUGAAGAGACUCCUAUGGCGAAGUACGCGAAGAUACUCAAGAAGACUAGGGAGAAACGUCGCAAACUUAUUGAAAAGGCCCGGAAGGGCGAGGACGAAAUUCUGGAGGAGGAGUAA